AUGUCAUCGCAAAGAGGCACUCAAAAGCCGAAGGCGAAGCCAUCGCCCCCAAGGCCGAGUUCAAGUGUCAUUCUGGUAUCUCCGAAGAACGAGAUCCUGCUACUCCAUCGCGUCAAGACCUCGACGUCAUUUGCCUCGGCUCACGUCUUCCCCGGCGGAAACCUAUCAAGUCAAGACGGACCAUGUCCACCCGUCGAGGACCUGAAAAGGCACGACGAUGGUCCCUGGUACCGACAAGCCGCGCUCCGCGAGCUGUUCGAAGAGAGCGGAAUCCUGCUGGCCAAGAACAAGACCUCCGGGAAGAUGCUAACUGUUCCGGAGGACGAGCGGGAAAAGGGCAGACGGUCGAUUCAUCAGCAGGAGGUCACUUUCGCCGAUUGGUUGUAUGGGCUGGAUUCUGCGGCUGUUCCUGAUACAGGUUCGAUCUUCCCUACUUCUUCUACUGUACUUUCCGAAAGUCUGCCCGUGUUUCCGUUUUGA